UUGAUGUAAUAUCAUUGUUACAGUCUUUGUUUAAUAAUUAACGAAAACAAAGAUUCCUGUAUGGUUCGUUUGAAUUUAUUCUGACACGGUGACUUUCAAACGUUCGUAAUGUAUAAGCCCUAACAGAUAAUAAAACAAUAAUAUAAUUUAUAUCAAAGUAUAUUGAGGUAACUCUUAUAAUAUACAUGAAUUAAAUUUCUCAAAAAUAAGUCAUAAAAAUAAAUUAAUCAAAUAAAAAAUAUUCAGAAACACUUUCUCGCCAUUCUAUGGGAAUAGGCUCAUUAUACACUUGAUGCUUGUUGAGAUAAUGAAUGCAGUGUUUUCCCUAAGAACCGGCCGCCGGCCAAAUUGACCGCUUAAAUUCAUAGAAAUGCCGGUUAAAAAUCCUUAAAUUAAAAAAAUAAAAAAGCGAAAGUUUCGUUGUGUUGAUAAAUCUAACCGUACACGAACUCGACGAAGUACGACUUGAUUAAAACGAAUGUAUCCCGAUCCCGAUUAAUAAAAGGCAUUUAUUAUGGCGGAGAAAAGGCAGCUAAAGUUGGAAGAAGUAUUUUCUGGAAAGAGGCCGAAAAAUUCUUCGGGUUAGUGAAUGAACAGUAAUGCAUUAUUUUUGUUACACAUUUACAUUAUCAGUUUGUGAAGUUGUGGCUUACAGAAUUUCAAUGACUCCGAGUCGGAUGUUCUUUCUAUAUUUGCGUGAUAUGAAUAUUUAUUUUUCCAACAAAUCGAAUUGUUUUCUCUUUUCCUGUUGUAAUUGUGAAGUAUAUUCAAGCAUUCUGUUAUAUUUCACAUCUUACGAUGUAUGGGUUGGGCUUACAGUUUGUAAUUAGCAUGCAUGUAUUGUUUAUUCUGUAAUAAUUCAGUUUGUUUUAUUUGUUGAAGUUUUCGAUUUAUUUUCAGUUGUGGAAGAUCUUGAAUUAUGGUAUUAGUUCUUGUUGGCGGAAAAUCAGAUUGUUCAACAACACCAGAGAGUGAAAGUUCUUUGUGCUCUGGAUCUUCAUAUGGAAAUCCAGCUCCUUCACUGAAUUCGACUCAACUCUGGUCAUCAGAGCAGUGUGUCAAAAAUAUUCAAGAUUUAUUUGACUCGAAUAAAACAAUUCACUCAUGUUACUUGUGCAGUAAAAAAGGUUGCACUAAUACUUGCACUAAAAGUAAAUUUCAACAUGCUUGGCUUUCGGCAAAGAAUUGGUGGCUAUUGUAUAUAGAAAAUGAAGGCAUGUACUGCAUUGUAUGUAAAAAACACAACAUGAAGCAUCCCAAUAAUCAAAGAGAAACUUUCUCUGGGACACCCAGUGUUAGGUUUAAAGUGGAUGCAUUGAACACACACAGCAAAUGCAAACUACAUAGUGCAGCAAUAGAAAGUGAAAUGCUUCAAGAAGUUUCUUAUUUUCAUCAAGAAGUGACAAAAAAGAGAGAAGUAGAAUCCAGUGUCUUACAGAUGGUGUUUUCAUCAGCAUAUUUUCUAAUGAAAGAAUUCAUUGCAAAUAAAAAACUACUUCCAUUAUUAGACUUUAUGCAAAAAACUUGUGAUGUUGAAGCGUUGAGAUAUUUUAAUCACAGAUCAGCUAGGUGUCAGAUGGAAAUAUUCAGCACCAUUGGACAGACAGUAAAGAAGGAAAUUAUUAAGAAGGCACAAAAAGCUCAAGCUUUUGGUCUAAUGACUGAUGAAGCCACAGACAUCUCUGUCACUGAAAAUCUUGUUACUUAUAUUCAAUUCUACUGCCAAGACACAGGAAAAGUAGAAACUUUUUUCCUUUCAUGUCAAGAUGUAUUAAAAAAGCACAGGAGUGCAAACUCAGAAGCUAUAACAUCUUUGAUACUCGAGGAGCUGAAGAACUGUGAGUUGGACACUAAAAAAUUGACAGGACUUGUGACAGAUGGAGCGUCAGUCAUGGUUGGCAAGAGAUCAGGUGUUGCAACACGUCUGAAAGAGGAAAACCCUUUGCUCAUCAAUAUUCACUGUAUCUGUCACCGACUUGCUUUAUCCUGUACAGACACAAAUGAAUCAAUUAAGUACAUAAAAACUGUUGAAACAAUUUUGAGACAAUUAUGGCAAUUUUUUGAGAACUCACCAAAGAGAAUGGCAGCAUACUUAAAAGUGCAAACUGAUAUGAAAAACAUAAUGUUAGGAGAGGAAGCCAAAAAGUCAGUAGGCAAGCGCUUGAAAAAAGCAUGUAGAACAAGAUGGCUUAGUUUUCAGGCGGCUGUGGAUGCCAUUGUGAGUGACUAUGAGUCUGUGCUACAAACACUUUCUCAGAUGGAUGAUGAUGCAACAGCUUGUGGUCUGUUGAAAAAGAUGAGGUCUAUCCAGUUUUUAGGUGCUCUCUACAUUUUAAAGGACAUUCUUCCUAUCCUUGCACAACUUUCCAAAUAUUUUCAGAAGGAUGUCAUCAGCUUUUCUGCAAUUAACCCUGCAGUAAAAAUGACCAAGGACAAGAUAAAAGAGAUACAAGAAACAGAGGAGCCCUUGGAAAAGUUAAAAGUCGAUGCUGACUCUUUUACAAACAUGUGUGGAGAUAUCAAGUGGAAUGUCAGAGAUUCAGAUUAUCUUCACAAACUGCUGACCAACUACACCAAUGCAUUAAUUGAAAAUAUUGAUGCCAGAUUCAAUGACAGUAUGAAACUUUUGUCUGCAUUUCAGAUAUUGGAUCCAACAUUUGUACCACUGCCAGAUGAUAUUGGUUUUAAGGAAUAUGGCAAGCAGGCCAUUCUGGUAAUUGCAAAGCAUUUCUACCCAAAAGAGGGCAAAGAUGAAGUUGAAACGGAUAAACUGAAAAUAGAAUGGGAAAAGAUGAAGUACUAUGUUGCAGAAGUUGUGUUGCCCAAUAUGCCAGAUGAAAUUAAAUCAAAUUGUACUAGUACAACUCCAACAGACUGGUUUAUUGAUCAUCUUCUAAAACCUCAAAUGAAGCAUUUUUAUCCCCAGUUAGCAUACAUUGCAGAGGUAGUGUCAGCUCUUCCUGUUAGUAAUGCAUGGCCAGAGAGAGGGGCAAGCACUCUUAAAACAAUUAAGACAAAGCAAAGGAAUCGACUCUCCCAAUCUAUGCUUGAAUGCCUCAUGCAAGUUUCAAUAAAUGGACCACCCUGUGAAGAAGCAGAAGACACAAUAAUUAAGGAAUCAGUCAAUGUUUGGUGUGCAUCCAGAAACAGAAGAAGAUUACCUAAGAAAUCCUCAAAUGAUAAUCUAGCUCAUUUGACAGAACCAAAUUCUGAAUCAGAUGUGACUUACACAUCAGAAAUUGGGGUCCAGACAAACCCAGUUAUUUUAGCAGACAAUAUCUCAGACUUAAAAAAUCAAGUGCAGUAUGCUGUAAAAAUGUUAAAUCUUGAUGCAUGUAAUUAUUCAGAUUCGAAUAGCUCAGAUGAAGAUUAAUUAUCCAUUUUAAUCCAAAUCUAAAGAAUUACAUGCAUCAAGAUUUAACAUUGAUUUUAUGAAGUGAAAUAAUAAAGAAGAAAAGUAAAUUUUCAGUGGUAAUUUAUUUUAUUUCAUUUUGUUAUGCUUGUCAUCUAGUAAAAUGUUGGAUCAAUAAGUUUCUUAUGGCAAUAGAUUACCUGCAGCUGCAUGUGCAAUUCUAAAUAAUACAUAUAGCAAUUGAACAUAUAAAAUUGA